UCCGCGCCUGCUGGCUUGGCCGAGCACCUGCCCUCCUGCCUCUCCGUCGUGUUCGCUCGCGCCUGCCCCAGGCAGAGUGAGCUGUCAGCCGCGGCCUGGCCCGACAUGAGCCUAAGGAGGCUUUUCCAGUCUGCUCAGCUCCAUUGGGCAUGGAGGGGAGCCCUCCUGAAACACACGCGGUACAGGCGCCAGGGAACCCCUCGAUGGACACAUUCUGGAGGCGGCACCUACCGGGCGGUGAUUUUUGACAUGAGUGGGGUUCUCAUUCCUUCUCUGGGCAGAGUGGCUGCAGAAUGGGAAGCACAGAAUCAAAUCCCUUCUGGAACGAUACUGAGAGCCUUGAUCGCGGGUGGUGAAAACGGGCCCUGGAUGAAAUUUAUGAGAGGAGAGAUAACAACAGAAGUUUUCUUACAAGAAUUUGGGCUCCAUUGUUCUGAAAUGUCGAAGAUGUCCGUGCCUGUGGACUCCUUUUUCUCCUUGAUGACCAGUGAGCAAGUGACAAAGCAGUUCCCAGUGAUGACGGAGGCCAUAACUCAAAUUCGGGCAAAAGGCCUUCAGACUGCGGUCUUGAGCAAUAAUUUUUAUCUUUCCAAUGGGAAAAGCUUCUUGCCCCUGGACCGGAAACAGUUUGAUGUGGUCGUGGAAUCCUGCUUGGAAGGUGUCUGCAAGCCUGACCCUCGGAUCUACAAGCUGUGUCUGGAGCGGCUAGGCCUGCAGCCAUCCGAGUCCAUCUUUCUUGACGAUCUUGGGCUGAAUCUAAAAGCAGCUGCCAGCCUCGGAAUUCGCACCAUUAAGGUGAACGACCCAGAGACAGCAGUCAAGGAAUUAGAAGCCCUCUUGGGUUUUAGUUUGAAAAUGGUUAUUCCAAACACUGGCCCUGUGAGAAAGACAAUGGAAAUUCCAAAAGAUUCCUUGAAGAAAUACCUCAAAGACUUACUGGGCACCCAGACCACAGGCCCGUUGGAACUUCUUCAGUUUGAUCAUGGGCAGUCAAAUCCAACUUACUAUGUCAGGCUGGCCAACCAUCAGCUGGUUCUGAGGAAGAAGCCGCCAGGGACGCUCCUUCCAUCUGCGCAUGCAGUUGAGAGGGAGGUCAGGGUAAUGAAAGCCCUGGAGAGUGCUGGAGUCCCUGUCCCCAAGGUUCUUGACCUUUGUGAAGAUUCUAGGGUCAUCGGUACCCCCUUCUAUGUGAUGGAGUACUGCCCAGGGGUCAUCUACAAAGACUCCUCUCUGCCAGGCUUGGAACCCAGCCAGAGACGGGCCAUCUACACAGCCAUGAACAGAGUCUUGUGCCAAAUCCACAGCGUGGACUUCAAGGCCGCGGGCCUAGCAGACUACGGGAAACCCGGAGACUAUAUUCGAUGCCAGGUGCAAACCUGGAUUAAGCAGUAUCGAGCAUCGGAAACCAGCACCAUCCCUGCGAUGGAGAGGCUGAUCGAAUGGCUGCCGCUCCACCUGCCCAGGCAGCAGAGGACCUCGGUGGUGCACGGGGACUUCAGGCUGGACAACCUGCUCCUCCAUCCAGAAAAGUCCGAGGUGCUUGCUGUCCUAGACUGGGAACUCUCUACCUUGGGUGAUCCCCUGGCGGAUGUGGCCUCCAGCUGCAUGAUUUACUACCUGCCUUCUAGCUUUCCUUUGCUGCAAGGUUUGAGUGACUAUGACUUGGCUCGGCUGGGAAUCCCGACUGCAGAGGAAUACAGCAGGAUGUACUGUGUCAACGCGGGCAUCCCCGCCGUAGGGAACUGGAACUUCUACAUGGCCUUCUCCUUCUUCCGCUUGGCCGCAGUUCUGCAGGGAGUCUACAAGCGCGCGCUCUCAGGACAAGCGAGCUCGGCCACCGCUGAAGAGAGUGGGAAGGUGAUCGAAUUCCUGGCUAACCUGGCAUGGGACUUUGCAAUCAAAGAGGGCUUCCGAGUUUUCAAAGAGAUGCCAGCCACAACGCCAUCAGCGAGGUGGCACCACACCCUGGCUGGUCCGCAGUCCCUGUUGAGCCCCCCCGGCACGAGGAGUUACAGCUCCCUGCCAGGACCUGCCCCGACCCCAAAGGGCGGGCUGGUCAUCUCUCCAGAGGGCCUGUCCCCCGAGGUCAGGGCGUUGCACCAGCGACUGCAGCAGUUCAUGGAGCAGCACGUGUACCCCGCUGAGCCUGAGCUGCAGCGUCACCAGUUCUCCGCAGAGAGGUGGACCCCGUCCCCGCUGCUGGAGGACCUCAAGGAGAAAGCCAAGGCCGAUGGGCUUUGGAACCUUUUCUUACCCUUGGAGGCUGAUCCCCAGAGAAAAUACGGAGCAGGACUGACCAACGUCGAGUAUGCACAUCUGUGUGAACUCAUGGGCAUGUCUCUCUACGCCCCCAAGAUAUUUAACUGUUCCGCUCCGGACACAGGGAACAUGGAACUUCUGGUGCGAUACGGCACCGAGCAGCAGAAGGCCCGCUGGCUGACUCCUUUGCUGGAGGGAAAGGCCCGCUCCUGUUUUGCCAUGACUGAGCCCCAGGUGGCCUCAUCAGAUGCUACCAACAUCGAGGCUUCCAUCAGAGAGGAGGGCGACGUCUAUGUGAUAAACGGACACAAGUGGUGGAUCUCAGGCAUCCUGGAUCCUCGCUGCCAACUCUGUGUGUUUAUGGGAAAAACAGACCCUCAUGCCCCACGCCACCAGCAGCAGUCGGUGCUCCUGGUUCCCAUGGAUACCCCAGGGAUAAAAGUCAUCCGGCCUCUGACGGUGUACGACGGGCUGGACGACGCUCCAGGUGGCCAUGGCGAGGUCCUCUUUGAGCAAGUGCGUGUGCCCAAGGAGAACAUGGUCCUGGGCCCCGGCCGAGGCUUUGAGAUCGCCCAGGGCAGACUGGGUCCUGGCCGGGUCCAUCACUGCAUGCGGCUGAUCGGGUACUCGGAGAGGGCCCUGGCGCUCAUGAAGGCGCGCGUGAAGUCCCGUGUGGCCUUCGGGAAGCCCUUGGUGGAGCAGGGCACACUCCUGGCAGACAUCGCCCUGUCACGCGUGGAGAUUGAGCAGGCCCGGCUGCUGGUGCUGAAGGCGGCCCACCUCAUGGAUAUGGCCGGAAAUAAGGCUGCAGCUUUAGACAUUGCCAUGAUUAAAAUGGUGGCCCCGUCCAUGGCCUACCGCGUGACUGAUCGUGCUAGUCAGGCCUUUGGAGCAGCAGGGCUGAGCAGCGACUACCCGCUGGCCCAGUUUUUCGGCUGGGCCCGAGCAUUGCGCUUUGCCGAUGGCCCUGACGAGGUGCACCGGGCCACAGUGGCCAAGAUGGAGUUGAGGUACUGCAUUUAGACCUGCAGGAGUGUGGGAGCCAAUAUCACUGCCCACCUGGCUGCACCCAGAACUUUAAAUGAUCCGCUUUGAGAGACCUGGUGGGUGUGCCCUGCCUGAGGUACCCUGCUCCCUCCUGAGACAGUGUGUGAACCCAGCCUUUUUGGGUUCUCACGGGAGACAUCUCUGUGCGCUGCCUUGAGGUUGCUGUUUCAGGCAAGGAGGAAGGGGAUCGGCCAGGGGUUGAGUGGGUUCCGUCCAGAGCCCGAAAGCUGGUCUUCAGCCUCUCGGUGACCCUCCAUGGGCUGCGGUGUGAGAGGCUGUGGGAAUCCGGCUGAACAUGACUAUCCUCGCUGGGUGGUGCGCCUUUGCUUGCUGCCCCUUGGGGCUCCCCCAGAAAGCAGAGGGGUGGCCGUGACGGGUUGUGACCUAAACACCCAAAUAGAGCUCCUGGGAAAAUGAAAUGAAACCAACAUACUGACGCCAUCACAUCUCUUUUCUUCACUUGAAUGUUUACAACACAGAACACUGAUGCUGUUUUGGAAAUGGGCU